GUGUUUCUGACCUCGCUGCUAUGUGUCGAAGCAGUGCUUGUAGUUGAUGUCGCCUGCUGUAAUUUAGAUUAAAUUUGCAGGAUCAGCGUUUGCUGUGGAAUCUCGGACACGGUAGGCGGGUAGAAGACCUUGAGAGUGAGAGAAUUGUAUCUGCAAUUGGCAUGGCAGCAAUAGCUGUGCAGUCGAAUUGCUGCUCCUUCAGCUCCGACUGCUGCUCUCAGCGAUGGGAUCCAUUCAAAGGCAAUGGGAGGGUACAGCGUGGACUCUUAGCUGGUCCCAUCAACCUGCGCAUGCCAAGCCCGUCUCAGCUAGUCCAACAAGGAUCAUGUUCCAUCAGCUGCAAGGCUGGCGGAACUUCAAAGCAGUCUGGCUCUGCUCUUCGAGCAAAAGCCAAGAAAGGAUCCUCUGAUAUUAAUCCUGAUGACUACCUAUCUGAUGACCAGUUGCAAUAUGUCGACCGGCAAAAGGCAUUAGAAGCCGCGAUGAGCGACAUCAAUGGCUCAUUUGGCAAAGGAAGUGUGACCAGGCUUGGUAGUGCUGGCGGAGCGCUUGUAGAGACCUUCCCCAGUGGUUGCCUCACUUUGGACCUUGCAUUAGGUGGUGGUUUUCCCAAAGGACGUAUUGUGGAGAUAUUUGGUCCCGAAAGUAGUGGGAAAACCACGUUAGCGCUUCAUGCCAUAGCUGAGAUACAGAAGAAAGGUGGGAACGCAAUGUUGGUGGAUGCUGAGCACUGUUUUGAUCCGUAUUAUUCGAAGGCUCUCGGUGUUGACGUGGAAAGCUUGAUUGUUUGUCAACCCGACAAUGGUGAAAUGGCUUUAGAAACUGCUGACAGGAUGUGCAGAUCUGGUGCUGUGGACAUAAUCGUCAUUGACUCUGUAUCUGCACUUACCCCCCGAGCUGAGAUUGAGGGAGAGAUUGGGAUGCAACAAAUGGGACUACAGGCCCGGUUAAUGAGUCAAGCUCUUCGUAAGAUGUCUGCCAAUGCUGCACGCGCUAACUGCACGAUUAUUUUCUUGAAUCAGAUUCGAUACAAGAUAGCUGUUAUGUACGGAAAUCCUGAAGUUACAAGUGGUGGUCUUGCUCUCAAGUUUUUUGCUUCUUUGCGCCUUGACAUUCGCAACACGGGCAAGAUUAAGUCGCCAAGAGGUGAGGAUGAUAUUGGCAUAAGGGCUCGAGUUCGAGUACAGAAGAGCAAGGUUUCAAGACCUUACAAACAAGCAGAAUUCGAUAUAAUAUUUGGCGAAGGCAUUUGCAAAUUGGGGAGCUUACUGGACUCAGCAGAGACAGUCGGUGUUGUUGUGAGGAAAGGUGCUUGGUACAGUUAUGGAGAAACCAGGUUAGGUCAAGGGCGAGAUAAAGUUGUUCAAUUCCUCCGAGACUACCCGGAAGUGUGUGCAGACAUUGAGAAGGUCGUUCGAGAAAGAAUUGCAGAAAUCAUGACAACAAAGCGAGAUUAUAACGGUCCCAAUGGGAGUGCUGUGGUUCAUGCUGGAAUGGACAUCGAGGAAAUGAUGGGCGAAGACAAUUUGGGAGAGCUUGACUGAAUGGUUGCUGUGGUUGUAGGAUUUCCAUUGUUGUGGAGAAAACCUUGUUUUAAAGCAGCUCCUCUUAAUUAGCUUUCGACUCUUUGCAUCUCACCAAACCAAACGACUUUCAUUAUCUUAGUGCCGUACAUGCGUCGUUCUCGCCGCGCCUUGAAAUGGCCACAGCCAUUUUUAGGCAUUUCCCGACUUACACAUUACUUACGAGAGCUAUUUAGUACUCACAGCUGCCUAUUUUACUUUCACUGCAGCCGUCAAUGUACCUUUUAGUCGUUUCUUACGGCCGCGAUCGGCAACUGCUAAGUGAGUGCCUUGUUCCA